AUGGGAGCUCACGAAACAACCGGGAAGAUUCGGCUGCUUGAUCGGACCGAAAUGGUUCACUAUCUUGACGUGAGAGGGGGGUGGGAUCUGAAGGAGUGCGAUUGCUGCUUUGAACGCGCCGUUGGUUUGGGAAUCGAGCGUGCUGUCACCAUGCCAAGCCUCGCAUCCGCCCAUUCCAUGUCACAGCUACCUGCCUCCACCCCCCUUGCGCCACACCGGGACAGGGGCAACGGAACUGGCUUUACAGGGAGUGUGCUGGAGUAUGUAUUGAGAGUGCAGGCGUUUGGAGAGCAAGGGAAGUUGGAGCCCCAUGCGCACUUCUCCUGCAAGUGUGCGCUCGCGCCGUUCCUCUGUGCGGAAGUCAUGAUUCUCGAGUGGAUGGCCGAGCCUCGUGUGGGCGUGCUCAUGGACCUGGGGAGGAUCAGAUCCCGCCUGCCUGCUGUUCUGGCCAAUGAAGGCUCUCUUGGGUGGCCCCGGAUCGACACGCUAUGGAAAGCUCACAUGGAUAUUUACGCUGCAGUGUACCCAGUGCUAGCAGGCCAGCUGGAGGUGGGCAAGCAGGAGGAGCGGGAUAUUGCUGCCUCCGUGCUGGUGCAGGUCCUGGGGGUGAAGGAGAGUGCUGAUCUGCAGGAAGGGUUUGGUUUUUUUGUGCAGCAUGUGCUGUCAGGCGGGCUGGAGAAGGUGCAUUCUGAGGGGAGGGGGAGGGGGGGAGCCGGAGGGAAGGGUCCGACGAGUGUGGGGCUGAUGAGACCCACAGAGCGGAUGUGGCAGACGGGGAUAAUGGGGAAGGUGGGGCCAGCUGUGGGUGCUAUGAUGCAGAGCUUGCAGAGUGGGAGCUGCGUGGGGCCUGAGGACUGGCUGCGAAUCAUAGAAAAGUCUGGGAUGAACCCAUCAGAUAUUGAGGAGAUGCUACGUGCGGGGGCUAUGGACAUGGCUGUGCCUUUUGGCAUUGGUGGUGGUGGGGGAAGUGGAAAGGAAGGGGUGGGUGGUGGUGAUCUGAAGGAGCACCGCAAGCUGGGAGCCAUGUUCUUCGCACCGUUUAAGGGUGCAACCAGCAGUAACGUGCAUGACGCAGCCAUUCAGGAGGCCAUGCUGAGAAAGCGGAAACUGACUAGUGGGAAGCUAGAGAAAAGGGUAAACAAUGGAGCGGCAACAGGAGGAGGAGUGGAAGAAGCUGCUUCAGCUGCACCGGCAAAAGGACAACCAGCUCCCAGUGCUGCUGCUCUCUCAGCCGGAGUGGGAUUAUAUGAGGACAGCAGCGGUUCUGCUGGUAUCAGUGAAACCAGCCACAGCAGCAGCAGCAGCAGCAGCAGCUUCCUCAGUUCCAGCCUCGUGCCUGUGAUCACAGACCCUGUUGUUGGGCUGCUCACAUAUCAGGCCACAGGGAAAGGUCCUGCCCAUGCGCCACCCACUUCGGAAUCUUCCAAGCCUGCUGGUCAGUUCGGUGCUACUCUCCCACCACACGAUGCAAGCACCCGCCUCCUGGAGUGGGAGGAGUGGUCCCAGGGGGAUGAAGCUGCUGUGAACUUUCCUGAGGACUCGAGUGCCAGAUGUUUUGGUCUGGGCAGGACAGAUGGCGGGAACGUGGCAGCACAGCAGGGAAGUUUCCAGGAAGCUCCCACCAAGCAAGUGCCGCUGCUUCACAGCAGGGAGUCCGGUCCUAUCGUGCGUUGCAGGGCAGACGCGAACUUGAUAGUGGAGUUUGCCGGUUCAUUCCUGGACGCACCAGCAUGCGCCCAUUGCAACCACUGCAUCCGCACGUACAUCUCCCAUGUCCCUUUUGUCGCUUUCGUUGCCAACUUCGCCUAUCGCCCCGUCACCGUCCUCCUCGACCGCUUUCUCUCUGUCUUCAAGCCACACACCGAGGUGUUCCAAAACCUUCUUAUUCGCCUGUGCCUGGACUCCUCCUCCAACGCUCCUCACAACAGCGUUUCUGGCAAGCGGGUCAGCAGCGUGCGCAUGUUACGGGAACGGGCAGAGCAGCUGCCGGUUGCUUUUCUGCUCAGCCUGGCUCUUCUCUGCGCCAAGCCUCUCCUGCAGCAGAGCAAAACGCAAGGCGGGCAGAGUCCGAAGGCUGGGGGUGGGAGCUCGGGGGCGAAAGGGAUGGCGGGCGAGAGGAGGGUGCGGAGGGGCGAUUUUGGGGAAGGCAGGGAGGGAAAGAACAGUGGGGGUGGUGAAGGAGAUGGUGGGCUUGUGUUGGAGGAGGUACAGUCCUCGUUCACAGUGGCAAUGCUGCCAGGUUCUGUCUGUGGGGGGGGCGGAGAGGCCUGUAGUGGCAGGCAUGCAACAGAGGAGGAUGGUUGGGCUUGGUCGUUUUAG